GGUAGUGCGGCGUACGAUACGUGCAGAAAGACUCACAGCACAGGACAGAUACGCAUAGGAGAUACCGAAAUGCACACAAAAUGCUGCGUCCACGAGCUGUGACAAGCCACUGGAUGUGAAGAAAAUAAAGGACCAGCUGACGAAAACGCCGGAAGUUCUUGCCUCCAGACUGAAACGCUCGCGUAGGCUGCGUUUCUGCCGCAGAAAUCAUUCCACUAGAGCUCUUGUCGAUGCGCUUUAGCUCUGCAUGAGUCCCUUCGUUUGGUUUGCAUAUUCAGAACAAAACCGGGCGGUGCUGACUGUGUGUGGUAUAUACAGUUUGUGAGUGCACCUUAUCCACGUCUCCGCACACCCCUUGGCACCUCCUUCAGGAUGGCGUUAACGAUCUGCACGAGAUUCACUGACGAAUAUCAGCUGUUCGAGGAGCUGGGGAAGGGCGCCUUCUCUGUGGUCAGGAGGUGCGUAAAGAUCUCAUCUGGUCAGGAGUAUGCUGCCAAAAUUAUCAACACUAAGAAGCUAUCUGCCAGAGAUCAUCAAAAGCUGGAGAGAGAGGCGAGGAUUUGUCGUUUACUGAAGCACCCCAACAUUGUAAGACUCCAUGACAGCAUAUCAGAAGAGGGUUUCCAUUAUCUGGUGUUUGAUCUGGUGACCGGAGGAGAGUUGUUUGAGGAUAUAGUAGCCAGGGAGUACUACAGUGAGGCUGAUGCCAGCCACUGCAUACAGCAGAUCCUGGAGAGUGUCCAUCACUGCCACGUUAAUGGAAUCGUUCACAGGGAUCUGAAGCCUGAGAACCUUCUAUUGGCCAGUAAGCUGAAGGGGGCGGCGGUCAAGUUGGCUGACUUUGGGCUGGCUAUCGAGGUACAGGGGGACCAGCAGGCAUGGUUUGGUUUCGCCGGAACCCCAGGCUACUUGUCUCCAGAAGUUCUGAGGAAAGACCCAUAUGGGAAACCAGUGGACAUGUGGGCCUGUGGUGUGAUUUUGUACAUCCUGCUGGUGGGUUACCCUCCCUUCUGGGAUGAGGACCAACACCGCCUCUAUCAACAAAUCAAGGCUGGGGCCUAUGAUUUCCCAUCACCGGAGUGGGACACUGUAACUCCUGAGGCCAAAGAUCUAAUUAACAAGAUGCUAACCAUCAACCCCAGUAAACGCAUCACAGCUGCAGAGGCCCUAAAACACCCCUGGAUCUGCCAACGGUCCACUGUCGCUUCCAUGAUGCACAGGCAAGAGACUGUGGAAUGCCUGAAGAAAUUCAAUGCCAGGAGGAAGCUCAAGGGAGCAAUAUUGACCACUUUGCUGGUCACAAGAAACUUCUCAGCAGCCAAGACUUUGCUCAACAAGAAGCCAGAUGGCGUUAAGGUCAACAACAAAGCCAACACAGUGACCAGUCCUAAAGACACUGGCCCUGCCCCUGCACUGGAACCACAGACAACUGUGAUACACAACCCUGUGGAUGGAAACAAGGAGUCAGUUGAGAGUGCCAACACCACCAUAGAGGAUGAAGAUGUGAAAGCCCUUCAUCUGGGCAGCUUAGUGAGCGGUAUCUUGAGUUCUAAGAGCCGUUCCUCACAGAUGUCUGACUCAAGACAAACUCCCACCUCCUCAAUUCAGACCUGCACCAAUAACAAUAAAGCUCGAAAACAGGAAAUUAUCAAAGUUACUGAGCAGUUGAUUGAAUCUAUCAACAAUGGCGACUUUGAGGCCUAUGCGAAGAUUUGUGAUCCUGGUUUGACUUCCUUUGAGCCUGAGGCCCUGGGGAACCUUGUGGAAGGACAUGACUUUCACCGCUUUUAUUUUGAGAAUGCAUUGUCCAAAGGGAAUAAGCCAGUUCACACCAUCCUCUUGAACCCACAUGUGCACCUUAUUGGAGAAAAUGCAGCAUGUAUUGCCUAUAUUCGGCUGACUCAAUACAUGGACGGCAGUGGCAUGCCUCGCACCAUGCAGUCUGAGGAGACCCGUGUGUGGCACCGUCGUGAUGGAAAGUGGCAGAACAUUCACUUUCAUCGCUCUGGCUCGCCUAGCAUCCCCUCCCAUUAAUGGCGCAUCAACAUGUGGUCGCAAAAAAAAAAAAAAAGAAAAAAGAAAUCCCAUCAGCAAAUCUAGUAGAGCAAUCAACUAGCCAAUUUGUGACUGCUCUCUGACCUUUGACCCUUCUACAAGGAUACGACAUCGCACAGGACACAAGUAUUAUUACAUUUAAUUGUUAUGGCAUUUUAUUAAUGGACAUCAUUCGAUACCACCACCGGGUGGCUGCACACCGUACUUGGACAUUAUGAAACAAGCAUAUUGAGAACAUUUUUUUUGUUUGUUUUUUAAGAUGUUUUGGUAUGCAUUUUAAAUAUAAAAUAGAGAUGUUUAAAGAUCUACAACUGUAACCUCUCCAAAAAAAAAACAGUUAUGUAUUUUUACGUGUAAUUAUGUGUGUGCAAUUCAAAAAUCGUUUGGAAGAUCAGAAUGUUAAAAACUGAGCUUGCUUUAGUUCUGGUGAUGUAUAUACAUUGUGAUUGUUGGUUUUAAACAAAACAAAAACAAAUAUUGAAAUUGCUAUUCUUGCUAUCAGAGGACUUAAGAGUUUACGUAAAAUCCAGUUUAUGAGCUACAUUUAUGUUUGCUAUGAGCUAAGUCAUACUGUUUAAAUUGUCAGAUUUCAAUCUAUAGUACUAAUUUAAAUGUAAAGAAAAGCAGAGCAGCUUACACUUUGCGUUGAGAUAUGUUUGCCUUUAUAUAAGUGAAAUAAGAGAAUGUAGCAUAUAUGUAAUAUAUGAAAAUUCAAGACUAUUGUGUAGUGCAUGGUGGGCGGGGAGGGGGGUGUUAUUGUGCAUAAGAUCAUAUGAAACUAUUAUAUCUUCUGUUUGAUUUGUCAGUCACUGACUUGUUUGUUUGUAUUUGUUAUUGUUGUGCAUCAGUCCUGUCCAGAUGUUUCUAAUGUCCUCCAGCAUCAUGGAACUGUUUUUAAAAAACAAUAACACUGUUAUUGUUUACAUCCAAAUAUCAGAAUCUCAUAUCUAAGAGGACAAAAAUAAACUCCCGGUUGCUAAAGCACCACUUUACAUUUUGUACAAAAAAAGAAAAAAACAAGCUCAUUUUUCAUAAUGUUUGUACUUGUAUUGUAUAACUGUAUGUAGGGUUUCUGUUGUCAUUUUAUUCUUGUCAUACCAGUGUGUUACUUUGCCAAUUGCAUAGAGGUGGUGCAGAUGAUGAAGAUGAAGCAAAGGCACUACAAGGUCCACCUUCUGUCAGGUCAGGUCCUAAACUGAUGGUUGGACUAUCAGGUCUGGAAGCACUGAAAUGAAAAAUGUUGUACCAAGGCAAGAGGAUGGUAACAGGAAAGUGAAGGAGAGAAAGUACAAUGGACUGUAAUAAAUGAUGGGAUGUCUUCCUUGACUAUCAGUGCUUCUGCUGGCCAGCGGUCUUACCACUGCAGGACAAUGGCAGUGUCUUCGUCAUCCCUGCCGUUUGCUCUUUUCAUUUGGUUUGUCUCUUCUUUUUUAAGGGGAAAAUAUGAUAAACAUUUCUUUUGACAAAACGUAUGAUGUCAAUGCAAUGCACCACUCCUUAUCUGGUGUGUAACUGUUGCCAGCAUGGCAAUGGAUGGCUUAAUAUGUUUAAGAGAUAAAUAAAUCAGCUAAAAAGGUGUUCUAAUUUA